AACAAAGUAGCGAGAAGAUAUCGUUAUCCAGAGAGGGAGGGACGUUACUCUUCUCAGUUUCUUUCCACAAAGGAAGGGAUUAUGGCCGCUUCCUCUGUUUCCUCUCUCUUCCUUCCUUCUCCUGCUCCUGGUUUGGAUAGUGGUAAAACAUCAUGUACAAGUUGCCAAAGCAAUGCUGGGAGAAGACUUGGAGGCCCAUUUGUGCGGUGUUCUGGUGCAGUACCCAAAGUUUCAAAUCUAGUGAAAUGCGAUGGGCAUCUAAGCUCACUCAAACGUCGGGAUGCAAUUGGAUUGCUGUGCGGACUAUCUAGUUUCUUCAUCAACUCAUUCAAUGUGAUUGGAGCUGGCUUACCACCAGAGGAAAAGCCCAAAUUAUGUGAUAGUACUUGUGAGAAAGAGCUUGAAAAUGUGCCAAUGGUAACCACAGAAUCUGGUCUGCAGUAUAAGGAUAUAAAAGUUGGCGAAGGCCCUAGUCCACCUAUUGGAUUCCAAGUAGCUGCUAAUUAUGUUGCUAUGGUUCCAUCUGGGCAAAUAUUUGACAGCUCAUUGGAGAAAGGCCAGCUUUAUAUAUUUCGUGUUGGCUCUGGUCAGGUGAUCAAGGGACUUGACGAAGGGUUACUCAGUAUGAAAAUUGGAGGGAAGCGUCGAUUGUACAUUCCUGGAUCAUUGGCAUUCCCAAAAGGUCUCACUUCAGCUCCAGGAAGGCCGAGGGUGGCUGCAAAUAGUCCUGUCAUCUUUGAUGUCAGUCUGGAAUACAUACCAGGACUCGAAGUUGAUGAAGAAUGAUAGAACCGAGAAUGAGAAUUGUAGUCAACUGCAUUUUUAUCAAGAAGGUACCUUUUUUGGCCGUGGACAGGCAAAGGUUGGCGGUAAAUAGAGUGACAUGUUAACUCUUGAGAUUUCAGCUCAUGUUCACAGAACUCAAGCCUAUUUUUCGUAGUUCCUUCUCAUGUUGAUGGCUGUGGAACUUAAAGUGCACUUAAAUUAUGUUUGGAAAAUUCAAACUUUUGAUAGAUAGUGUGUUAUACCAUUUGCUCGAUGAAGAGAAAACCUUUUGAAUCUUGUUUCGAAGGAUUUGGAUAUGUUUGACAUUUUGUGACUUUGGAUAUCACGCCAUGUGAAUUUGGCGACUCGCAAUGUCAAUUCUGAGUAGCACAUGAAAAUAAAUGUUCUUGUUUGCCCUAUC